CUCGGAUUUGAUCCGCCUCCUCCCAUAGUGCUUCGCCCUGAGUGAGUUGCUGUGGUUUGGCUAGUGGAGAAUCCGAGAGGGGUAGCAAGGGCGGAGACACUGUAGGCACGGAAUACCAUGCCGAAUAAAACGAAAAAGGAAAAGGAUUCGUCAAAAUCUAGCAAAGUGGGCAAAAGUGGAGGAGGACAGGAUAACUUGCAGCAUGAGCAGGGUUCCAACAGGAAGACUGGGAACAGCAUCCCUCCGACCACUCAGCUGCUCAAGGGAAAGCAGCCGGGCUCCCAGACGCCCGUGAAGAAGGACAAGCGGCAGAGCUCGUCUCGCUUUAGCUUGAGCAACAACAGGGAGCUGCAGAAGCUGCCUGCUUUCAAAGAUGUCCCCCCUGCUGAGCAAGAGAAGCUCUUCAUCCAGAAGCUGCGGCAGUGCUGCGUCCUCUUCGACUUUGUCUCGGACCCACUGAGCGACCUGAAAUGGAAGGAGGUGAAGAGGGCGGCGCUGAGCGAGAUGGUGGAGUACAUCACCCACAACAGGAAUGUCAUCACCGAGCCCAUCUACCCCGAAGUGGUUCACAUGUUUUCCAUCAAUAUGUUCAGAACGUUGCCGCCAUCAUCCAACCCGACAGGCGCCGAGUUCGACCCCGAGGAAGAUGAGCCCAACCUGGAGGCUGCAUGGCCGCAUCUACAGCUUGUCUAUGAAUUCUUCCUACGCUUCUUAGAGUCCACAGAUUUUCAACCUAACGUAGCCAAAAAGUAUAUUGACCAGAAGUUUGUAAUGCAGCUCUUAGAAUUGUUUGACAGUGAAGACCCCAGAGAAAGGGACUUUUUAAAGACCACUCUGCAUCGCAUCUAUGGCAAGUUUCUGGGCCUGCGAGCGUACAUUAGGAAGCAAAUUAAUAACAUAUUUUAUAGGUUCAUUUAUGAGACAGAACAUCAUAAUGGAAUUGCAGAAUUACUGGAAAUAUUAGGCAGUAUAAUCAAUGGUUUUGCUUUACCUUUGAAAGAAGAACACAAAAUAUUCCUUCUCAAAGUUUUGCUGCCAUUGCACAAAGUCAAGUCGUUGAGUGUUUACCACCCGCAGCUGGCCUACUGUGUGGUACAGUUCCUGGAGAAGGACAGCACGCUCACUGAACCGACAGUGAUGGCUUUGUUAAAGUACUGGCCAAAGACCCACAGCCCCAAAGAAGUGAUGUUCCUCAAUGAGCUCGAGGAGAUCCUGGACGUCAUUGAGCCGUCUGAGUUUGUCAAAGUAAUGGAGCCCCUCUUCAGGCAGCUGGCCAAAUGCGUGUCCAGCCCGCACUUUCAGGUGGCCGAGCGGGCGCUGUACUACUGGAACAACGAGUACAUCAUGAGCUUGAUCAGCGACAAUGCCGCCAAGAUCCUGCCCAUCAUGUUCCCUGCCCUGUACCGCAACUCCAAGACCCACUGGAACAAGACUAUUCAUGGCUUAAUUUACAACGCGCUGAAACUCUUCAUGGAGAUGAACCAGAAACUCUUUGACGACUGCACGCAACAGUUCAGGGCGGAGAAAAGCAAAGAGAAAGCCAAAUGGAAGGAGCGAGAAGAAGCGUGGCUCAAGAUUGACAAUCUUGCCAAGUCCAACACACAGUUUCUGAUGUACACUAACCCGACGGGCUCAGGCGAUUCGACGGACAUGGAGACAGAUGGGCCGCUGCUCGACGAUGUCAGCCUGCUGGAAAGGAGGAUAGCAGAGGAGGCUAUACAGUUGCAGAAAGACCAGCGACGGGAGCGUCCGUUGAUGAGGAGGAAAUCUGAGCUGCCUAAGGACAUCUCCACGGUCACGGCCUUGGAGCUUCAUCGAAGAGCUGAGGAGAUGUUGACCACACACGAUGGCCACUAACUGGCCGAACUGCAGCAUCACAAGACCUGCCACCAUCUUGACCCAGCCCAGCACAACACUUCAGAAACCCUCUCACCUUCCACCUCCUCACCUGACACAAAGAAGUUUCUCAAACAUGGCGACUUGACCCGGAACAGAGUGGCGCUGGGUCCUUGCACAUCAAAUUCUGUUUAUUUUUGUUCCUCUUCCUCCUCCCAUCUUCUCUGCCAUCCUUGUUUUUUGUUUCCAGCAGAGCUCUGGUUUUCAGGGUGCUGUGCUGCCACCUUCUGGUCAUUUCUCUCAGGUGUUUUGUUCCUCGUGUGUCUACCGAGAUGUCAGGUGCUUUUGCCAAAAACCCUAACCCCCAAAAAACGAGCCCCAUCCCGUCUCCAGAUGACAUGUCCAGUUUAAAGCAAUAUAUAUAUUUUUUUUU